AUGAUAAAGAAAAAUAUGGACGAAUAUGGCUGGAAUGACUACAGGCAAAACGUGGAUCAACACCACCAAGAAAAUUCAAUUUACUUUCCUUCGGCGAUUGACUUUUCUGAAAAUGAAAAUGCAAUAGAAAAACAUCAAGCAGAAUUUUUAACUGACUUCCACCCUGAUCUAACUUAUCAGAAAAUGCCGCACAUCGAAGGAAAUUUGCAAUAUUAUGGGGAAGGUCAGUAUAAUUUCCCUGUUGACGAGUAUCCUCAGCAAGCAUACAUCCCAGAACCCGUCCAUUCCAUUUCAAACAACUCGGGUUUUGGUUCGGACUGUCUUUUUGAGAAAAAGAAACCAAAACGAAAAAGAAUGCAAAAUUCAAUUCAACGAAAAGCAGCAAACCAACGAGAAAGGAAACGAAUGUUUAGUCUAAACCAAGCAUUCGACCAACUACGAGACCUAAUCCCCAAAUUUUCAUAUGAAAAGAAACUGUCUAGAAUUGACACUUUGAGAUUGUCCAUAUUCUAUAUCAUGAUCCUCUACAAAAUAAACACGAAUGAGCAACUCCCGAUCGACCUUGACGAACUGCGAUUGCACUGA